GUCCCCGCUGUCAGCGGCGAACGGUGGAGGAUCCUUCCAGAUCUCCUCGACUGAAGGAAGGAAUGAAAAUAUAGGGUGCAACCAUUGGGGUACGAGGCGCGAAUUCAAUCGUCAGGGGUAACAAGAAUGAGUAGUGCUAGUCCACCGUGUCCUGCCGCGCCUACUGUUUUUUCUUGAUUCAACUCUUUCGUCUUUGGCUUGAGAAGUCUCCGACCCGUCGGCCUAGUGAUCGCCUCGUGUCGUCGCGUAUGGAUCGCGGAGUUCUUCCUGACCACCAAAUCCGCCCUCGAAAUCUAGACCAGUCUCUCUUUUCAAGGCAGCGUUCCGUGCUUCGUUCGUCAUCACUGCAAGUUUGCUAUCCAUGAAGGCUUGCGUCCAUAAGUACCCGGAAAGCGCGCCGGUUACUGAUCGAACGUAGUUGUCGUAAGUAACGAGGGUAGCCGCAAUGCAUACGCAAGCAUCGUGUGAUUUCGGGAAUACGAAACCAGUCCAAGAAGAUAACCGAGAGACGCAGUUAGUUCAUAUUGUCGUGAUGAUCGAACCUACCGCGACGCACGGCAAUGCACGCAGACGAUCCGGUGUACCUGAUGCGGUAAGACACUCACACAAACCCGAGAAAAGCGUUAACUUGCGAUUGAAUCGGAACAUCUGUGCAGAGAUGAUCGCGGCGACGAGGCCUGAAGCCAUACCGGCAAAAACACCAUCCCGUUUCGAUUCUCGAUUUGCAACAGCCACUUGGACCUGUGUUAGUAACGGAUGAUCUGGACGCGUUGAUUUCGACAUCGGUGUAACGGCC